GGGAGAAAACAUAGCCCUUCGCGUCGCUGUUAAGCUGUGGAAACUUAUAAAACAAACAGUAAUUUCAUUGGGGGGAACAACUGCUGUUCUUGAUGGUGGAAUAUGCAGCUACGGCGGAGGUUAAGAUGUUAUGAAGACUAGGGGUUGGGAUCUGCAAACACGCACUAAAGAACCAGGAGAAAUUUCAUUAGCUAGCUAACUUGCUAGUGAAGAAGCGGUGGUAACGUUAAACUUCGUAAAGAGAAAUUGCUGCGAUUGGAAUUGUGGCCAGGCUACCUCCUCCUUCGUUAUUUUUCUUAUGAAUGGGAUUUGAAUAUCACCUCAUGGCUUGUAAAAGCUCAGCGACUGAUGUAACACAUCACAUAACUGUGCAAUUGCUGUGUUUACUGCUUGCACAGUAACAGUAUUGAUUACUACAAAAACUAGCUAGUUAAUCGCUCCCUGUCGGCUUUGUGAAGACAGGCCAUGGACUGAGCAGUCUUCAUCAAAGAAAAGGUAGCUAGCUUGUUAGCUAGCUAUUGAUUUUCCAAGAUUAUCAACGGUUCGGGCUUUAAACACUGAAAUUCGGACGGUUUAGCGUAAUAAGCUAUUGAUAGCACAGGAAUCUGUGACUUGGAUCAUGUUUUGCAUCGUGAGGCCCAUCUCUCAGAUUGGAUAGUCGGGAAGAUAACACAUCAGGAUUAUUAAAUUAAUUUCAGCUGUUAUUUGAGGCAAAAAACGGGAGAGUAAAAUGUCCACUGUUAAAGAAAAUCCUUGUAGAAAAUUCCAAGCGAACAUUUUCAAUAAAAGCAAAUGUCAAAACUGCUUCAAGCCCCGGGAGCUGCAUCUCCUGACCGACCAAGAUCUAAACCAGGCUAAACCCAUUUACGGCGGAUGGCUGUGUUUGGCUCCAGAGGGAACCGAUUUUGACAACCCUAUGCAGAGAUCUCGGAAAUGGCAACGGCGAUUCUUUGUCCUGUACGAACAUGGCUGCUUGCGUUUUGCCCUGGAUGAAUCGCCAAGCACCCUCCCCCAAGGAACUGUAAACAUGAACCUGUGUACAGAUGUGGUAGAUGCGGAGCCUAGGACGGGACAGAAGAAUUCCCUUUGUAUCAUCACACCCGAGCAGGAGUACUUCAUCCGCGGAGAAAGCAAAGAAAUCAUCAAUGGGUGGAGUGAACAGCUAAUUGUUUACCCAAGAACCAACAAACAGAAUCAGAAGAAAAAACGCAAAGUGGAACCAGCAACUUCACAGGAGCCAGGCCCAGCAAAGGUAGCUGUGACCGGAUCGGGUAUCCCUGAGGCAGAGAAAGUUCCGGAUUCCAGCUCCAUUAUUUGGCAGGAGGAACUGCAAAAUAGGGAGGCAGAUGUCGGACAGGUCUGGACCGGAACGGACAUGGCGCCCCUGAGCUCACCGCUGCCCCCCGCAGGUGAGAGUGCAUCCGUGGGACGUAACCCAGACCAGGGUUCCGUGAACGGUGACGAGGUUGACCGGGCCGGGCUAUCCUUUACUUCUACUGUCCCUCAACCCCCCCACGACCUCCUCUCUCCAACGGGCAGCUCGUCCAGCCGACACAGCGGUGAGCUGGGUGGCAUCCCACGCUGCCUUUCACCCGCCCCCAGCGACCCCUUCCCCUCUGGCAGCAGCCUCCUGUCCAAUGGCUCUCAUAUCAGCGGCUCCAUGAGCUCUCUGGACUCCGACGCCAGCGGCAGCACCGUCACCAGCACUGACAGCCACCCGACCGAAGCCUUCGGCCGCGGCGCGCGAGGCCCCCACGACACGCCCCGUUACCGUCGCCACGAGGCAGAGGCUCGCAAGGCCGAGAAACGGAGCCGGAUGCAUAGCCCCGAGACGCAGGACAAAGAGCCUCUUUCCAGUCCGGAGAGAAGUGGUCGAUCAAACGUGAUUGAGAAGCUGGAGGCACUGGAGCUGGAGAACGCCGAAAAGAUGGAAGUGGAGGAGACAGCGAGCAGUAGGGCAAGACAAGGCCGCAGUGAGAUGAGGCGUUCCAACAGAGAGGAACAGAAAAACGACCCAACACGAGGCCUGGACUUCCACCACUCUACGCUGCCGCCGCUUAGAAGAGCCAAGUCACUGGACCGCAGGACCACAGAGUCAGUCAUGACUCCAGAUUUGUUGAACUUCAAGAAAGGUUGGAUGGUGAAACUUGAUGAACAAGGACAGUGGAAGAAGUAUUGGUUCGUGCUGACGGAUCACAGCCUGCGAUAUUACAAGGAUUCAAUUGCAGAGGAGGCUUCUGACCUGGAUGGUGAAAUUGACCUCAGUACAUGUUAUAAUGUUACGGAAUACCAAGCUCAACGAAACUAUGGUUUCCAGAUUCAUACGCAGGAGGGAGUCCACACCCUCUCUGCUAUGACGGCAGGAAUACGUCGCAACUGGAUCCAGGCUGUGAUGAAGAAUGUUCGACCCUCCACUGCCCCAGAUGUAGCCAGUGAGUAUAAUAUGACUGACGCCCAUGGUUCUUGUAGCCCCCUGGAGAGUAUGGUUCGACCAGAUGUCACUCAUGAUUCUCCAUCCUCUGAGGCCUCCUCGUCCGCGGAACGAGAGCCGGGGCCCAGAAGGAGCCGGGCGCAGGAACGCAGGCGAGAGGGCCGCUCCAAAACCUUCGACUGGGCAGAAUUCCGUCCCAUAGCCCAGGCUUUGGCGCAGCAACGGGCACACGAAGCAGACGCCCUGCAGAUGGAGCUAGCCGAUUCGGAGCGCAGUAAGAGGAGAGAGGAGCGACGGAGGCGGUAUGAAUCCGUGACGGGCUCCUCUCUCGAUCCCAUGUCUGACGGCAGCGGGAUGGACUUUGAGAGCGUUAGCAGUAGCCUCGGCGAUGCCGUGCCUCCAUCUACAGAGCGUCAGCGGAAGGUGGAGGACGAGAUCGAGCAACACUGGCAGCAGGUGGAGAAGACUCCAAUCCGCGAGGAGAGGAGGGUGCCUCUGUCCACAGCGCUGCAUAGCCGCGAGACAGCUGAGCUGGAGAAGCUUCUAGAAAACUAUAAAAAGGGGGUAGAAGAUUUGAAACUGCAGUUAGAAACCUGUCAUCAACAACUGAUGGAUUCCAACCAGCACAAAUUCGAUCUGGAGAGUCAGCUCAAGGCUGCGCUGGAGCGAGAACAGCAGAUCCGAUCAGGUUACAUCUCACCGCUGGAGUCUCCUUUGAGUCUUGAGGCAGAACACGAGCCCCAGACGAAGAGGCCAGAACUGGUUAGUUCUCAAGCUCAGAGCUUAACAAGGAAAUACCUGGAAACCAAAGAGCUCCUGCAACUACAAGAGCUGAAAAAGCGCAACAUGCAGGCACAGCUUGGCCUCUCUGUCUCACACUUACCCAUGAAGGAAUCUAACCUUUCUGACAUCCGAAAACCAGCCACAAUGGAGAUCCCCUCUCAGGCUCCCAUUCAGAAAUCAGUCAGUUUUAUGCUUCAGGACAGUGAGGAGAAGAUCAAAGAGCUAGAGGACUUGAUAGAUUUAAGUAAGCCCUUAACACUGAAAGAGCUGAUCAGGCUUUUGCACUGCCACAGCGACUCUUUGUCUACAAAUGUCCCUCAAAGUCAGGAUAGACACGAACAGCUCAGCGGUUCAGGUAACAUCACCUAUUGUCAGAAGCUUUUGGAAAGUCUAAAGAGCCAACAUGAAAUGGAGAACGAGACAAUGAGAAAGAGCUUGGCCAAAGCUGGAGACAGUAUCCGUGACUAUGAAGCACGUCUGACAACCAUGGAGAGCUUGUUAGGAAAGGUCCAGAGACAGAAAAUUGAAGGCCUCAAGAGCCCCUGUGCAUCAUCAUGCUUAAGAGAAGACCACAGUCAAAGUACAAAUAAAGGCCUACAUCAGAGAGUUGAGCUGCUCAUGAGUGAAAAUGAAGCUCUGAAUCAACGUUAUCAAGAGAUUGUGAACCAGUUGAGAGAGGCAGACAGAGAAAUAGACAGACUAAAAGCAGAAGUCCACAGACUUCAAAGUGAACGAGAACACCCAGGAGGUGUCAUUGGAGCGAGCCAGGUUAUGUUUGAACAGGUAGAUGGUGAGAUUAAGUCUGUUGACAGAGAUUUUUAUGAGAGAGAGCUCGCAGAGAAGUCCCAGAAACUUCAAGAAGCUCUUUUGAAAUUAGAGGUGCUCAGCAAUAAUUUGAAGGAUACUGAGAAAAAGCUGCAUCUUAAGGAAGCCACUCUUAGGGGACUUGGAUUUCAGGUGUCAGAAAAUGAAAAAGAUGAGAACGAAUUGGACCUGAAACACCAAAUAGAAAUCAAAGAGUCUAAGCUUUGUGAAAAAGAGAAAUUGCUUCAUACAGCUGAGCAACACUGCAAAGAGCUUCAGGCUGAGAAUGAGGAACUCAGAUUGAAAAGUCAAGAAACAGAGAGAGUGUUUAUCCAAAGGCUUUUAGAUGCUGAAGAUGAAAUUAAGAUUUUGAAGGCUAGGUUAGAAGUAAAGUCAGAUGUGGGUCAGCUGAGGGAGAAUGUUUGCAAGGAGUCAGUGCAGAGGGACGAAACACUUGAUUCAGAUGAAGACAGUGUUGAGGAAGUGAUGGAGAAUUUGGAGAGGAAGUCUGAGGCCCUUACUGAGGUGGUAGAGAUGUUAACACAGGGCAGUGCUGAAGAGAUGCAGAGAAGUUUGUGUAGCCUGCAUGAGGAUGAUACGGUAGGUAGUUCAACAGGACAGAUUAAGAUGUUGUUAGAGGACGAGUUCUGGAGUAGACUGUUGAGUGGUAUUGAGAAAAGCCAGAUUGCUAGAGGAAGUGAUCAAGCAUACGAUGUUGUCAAGAGUGUUGUAGAGUGCAUGGCAGUGGAAACGAAGAUGUUGCUUUUGAUGAAUUCACAUUUAUCUCAACCAAAGACUGGUUUUGAGAGCAACAAAUCACUUGAAAAUGUGAAUACAGAAAGCAUAAAGCAUGGAAGUAGUUUCUCAAAAUGGUUCAUCCAGCGUGAUAAUGACAUCAGUGCUUGUAUCAUUAAAGAUCUUGUAGAAGCUAUUCAAGAGAAAAUAACCCUCUUGAAUCAAACUUCUUCCACUAUUAAAACAACCACAAAUGAGCCUCUCUGGUCCCUGGCUUUAAUGCUGUCUAAACACAGGACACUAAAAAAACAAUGGUCUCAGCAUGUUCGUGAUGCCAUUUUGGAUGCACGCUGCUUAUAUCUAAUAAGUAGACUGAGACAUAGAUUCCAGCAAGAGAAUGAACAGAGUAAAGACACGAAGUUAGAUUUGGAGGUUUGUUCAAAUUGCAUUGAAUUGGGAGAGCAGAAUAUGGAGCUCAGAACAAAGCUUGAAGAGAUGCAGAUGCAGUUGUCAAGUCUUCAGAAUCCUACGAGUGAAGACUCAAGGCCAGUUACACACAUCCAGAUUGAGGGAGAGCCCAUUGACUCUUUGGAUAAAGCUAUCCAAUUACAGGAUAUGGUAGCCAAGCACAAGAGGGAGCUGCGAGAAGUAAAAGACAUGUAUGAACAGGAAGCGGAGAAACUCCGGCAGGAGGUGUCCAAGGCUGGCGAAACCCUUAGGCUAAGGUCUGAGGAAAACGUUAAAGAGAUUGACUCAUUGACUAUCUGUAUGGAAAACCUUAAGAAAAAGCACGAGUUGGAGAUGAACAUGCUGGUGGAACGUUUUGACCAGGAGAUGAAAGAACUUGGGCAUGCUAUGGACGUAUGCGAAGGGGACCUAAAGGAAGAUGAAACACCACAGCCGACUUUGCUCAAGCAACAGAUCGAAAAGCUUGUGUCCCAGGUCUCUGUCAUGACUGAAGAAAUACGGCGUCGAGACCGGGAGGGAGAUGUGGCAUGUCUUCGUCUGAAAUACGAGAGAGAUCUGGAAAACCUGAAGGCGACAUGUGAGAGGGGUUUUGCAGCCAUGGAGGAGUCUCAUCAGAAGGUAAUAGACGAACUGCAGAGAAAGCACCAGCGGGAGCUGGAGAACCUAAAGGAGGAGAAAGAUAGACUACUGGCUGAGGAGACAGCAGCCACCAUUGCUGCUAUUGAAGCCAUGAAAAAUGCACAUCGGACAGAGCUUGAGAAGGAGCUAGACAAAGCACGUAAAGCUAACAGCAGCACUGAAAAUGCAGACAUUGAGGAAAUUCGCAGGCAGCAUGAGGAGGAGCUGUUGUCUUUUCAAAGGGAGAUUGAGGUGCUCUCUGAGCAGUACUCCCAGAAAUGUUUGGAGAACGCUCACCUGGCCCAGGCACUGGAGGCUGAGAGACAAGCACUCCGGCAGUGUCAGAGAGAGAAUCAAGAACUCAACGCACACAACCAGGAACUGAAUAAUCGCUUGGCUGCUGAGAUUACUAAAAUGCGCUCAAUGACCAUUGAAGAGGGUGGAGACACCUGCACAGCCAUACAGGGGAAAGAGCUGUAUGAAUUAGAGGUAAUGCUGAGGGUGAAGGAGUCAGAGGUGCAGUAUCUUAAACAGGAGAUAAACUCUUUAAAAGACGAACUCCAAGCUGCCCAAAGAGAUAAGAAAUAUGCCACAGAUAAAUACAAGGACAUAUAUACGGAGCUCAGCAUUGUGAAGGCCAAAGCGGAACGAGAUCUGGGGCGGCUUCGAGAACAACUGCAGCUCGCUCACGAGGCCCUCGGGGAACCCUCAUUGGAAGACUUGGAGCGUGGUGGUUACGAUAUUAUGAAGUCGAAAAGUAAUCCAGACAUUCUAAAAAUGGCAGCUGCAGCUGCUAAGCGGUCAGAGCGCACCAUGAGGUCAAAGAGUCUCAAGGAAGGUUUGACAGCUGAGCAAAGACUCCACUUGUUUGACAACAAGGAUACCAAGGAGUUCUGACAUUGAAGCCGUCACUUUGCCUUGCUGCAUGUUAAAGAGGCCCACUAUAUUUUAGCCCAGUAAUUAAUCAUUUAGAGACACACUGGUCACAACACACAUCAUAUAUUAAACAUG